GGGGGGUGGAGAGGUGUGCAGAAGGCACGGGGCGGGUGGGGGGCCUGGAAGAGCACGGGCCGCGGAAGCCAGAGGGAGAGCGGACGGUGGCUGCAGACACCUGCAUUCCUGGAGGACUCACGGGGGCGACAGGUGCCGGCUUGGGGAGAACGCCCCGCGUCCCUGGUGGAGGGGGUGUGGGGGCUGAACCCUGGAGAGGCGAGGGCCCUGUGUUUCUGGGAGGGGGUGUGUCACCGCGACCCUCCUCUCUGGCCUGCACCCCUGUCCUCCCUCAGGUUCCGACAUGAGCCCCUGGCCUGGGUCAAACCGGACGGCUCCGCGGGAGUUCGUGAUCCUGGGUUUCUCCGGGUGGCCCCGGGGGCUGCGGCUGCUGCUCUUUGCCUUCCUGCUGCCACUCUACCUGGCCACGCUGGUGGGAAACCUGCUCAUCCUGGGCCUGGCCGUCGGGGACCCCGCCCUGCACACUCCCAUGUACUUCUUUCUGGGGGCGCUGUCGGCCGUGGAGGUGGCCUACACGCUGGUGCUGACUCCGCGCAUGCUCGCGGGCUUCCUGCUGCCCCCGGGGGGCCAGGCGGUGGCCCGCUCCACCUGUGCUGCCCAGAUGGGUCUCUUCGUGGCGCUGGGAGGCUCCGAGUGCCUGCUGCUGGCCGCCAUGGCGCUGGACCGCUACCUGGCCAUCUGCCGCCCUCUCUGGUACCCCCGGCUCAUGACCGCGGGGCGCUGCCGGUGCCUUCUCGCCUCCUGCUGCGUUGGGGGCUCUCUCCUGGCCUUGGGCCUCACCGUGGCCAUCUUCCAGCUGCCCUUCUGCCGGGGGGGCCUCGUCAACCACGUCUUCUGUGACCUCCCGGCCGUGUUGGUGCUGGCCUGUGGGGACCGGGACCUGCAGGAGAGGGUCCUGCUGGCCGCCUGCCUGCUGCUGCUGGUGCUGCCUCUGGUCCUGAUCCUGCUGUCCUACACCAGGGUGCUGGCGGUCAUCCUGGGAGUUGGGGGGGUGGCAGGCCGCCGCAAGGCCUUCAACACGGUGGCGUCGCAUCUCACCGUGGCCGUGCUCCACUAUGGCUGUGCCACGGCCAUGUACGCCAGACCCCUGAGCAGCCGCUCCCUCGAGGAGGACAAGCUGAUGUCGCUCGUCUACAUCAACCUCACGCCGUUGCUCUACCCUGCCAUCUACGCGCUGCGCAACCGGGACGUGCAGGGUGCCCUGUGGCGGGUGGUCGGCGGCAGGACGUCAGGGAACGUCGUCCGGGCCGAGGUCAGCUAAUGCUGCGUGCCAGACGGCGUCUGACCUGAGAUCUCCCCCACUGAGGGGAACCUCACCAUCCCAGAGCCGUCUGUGGCUCCCCAAGACCUGCUGGACACAAACCCGAGCCCAGCGUCACAAGGACUCCAAAAUCGGACUUGAGCCUAGUUCUUUGGCUGCUGUGGACAUUUCAAGCUGAACGGUUCUCGCUGGUGGCCGUGCACUGGAGAAUAUUCAGCAGCCACCCCUUGUCUCUACCCGGUAGAUGCCACUUGCACACCACCCCCCCCCCAGUUGAGAUAAUAAACAAUGUCAUUGGACAUUGCCGGAGGGCGGGGGGAGGACGCAAUCAGCCUUGGUUGAGAACAGCUGCUCUAAAUUCUGACCACACGGUACCUUUUGAAGAGAAACGAGUGCUAAGGUACAAGUUUAUGGUUCCUUAACUUAUAACACACAACUGAAAAUCAUGCAAAUGUUCACGAACAUGGAAUAGACGCAAACGACUGGUGGCAGAGUCAUGGGAUGGGGACGCCUGGGGGGCUCAGUCGGUCUGACUUUGG